AUGAAAAUCCUCGUGGCCGUGGCAGUCUUUUUUCUUGUCUCCACUCAACUGCUUGCAGAAGAAAUCGGAGCCAGCAAUGAUCUGAAUUAUUGGUCUGACUGGUCUGACAGCGACCAGAUCAAGGAGGAGCUCCCCGAGCCCUUUGAGCACCUUCUGCAGAGAAUCGCCCGGAGACCCAAGCCACAGCAGUUCUUCGGAUUAAUGGGCAAACGGGAUGCUGAUUCCUCAAUUGAAAAACAAGUGGCCCUGUUAAAGGCGCUUUAUGGACAUGGCCAGAUUUCGCAUAAAAGGUAUAAAACAGAUUCCUUUGUUGGACUAAUGGGCAAAAGAGCUUUAAAUUCUGUGGCCUACGAAAGGAGUGCGAUGCAGAACUACGAAAGGAGACGAAAAUAA